AUGGAAAACCACAACCACCUCACCUCCCUCACCCUAACCCGCUACCUCCCCCGUCUCUCCUCCCAGAUCCCCCACCCAGAAGAACCCUCCAACAUCCCCUUCGACCAAACCAAACUCGUCCAACCCAACCCCAAAAAGAUUCACGGUAAAAACCCCAUCCGCGUAGGCCUCCCGGGCCGCAACAGCCAGGAUCUCUACCGCAUCCAAAGCCACAUCUCCGACUACGAAGACGUCUUCUUCGACCGCUCCUGGAACUUCCCCAAACUCAAGACCGAUGCGCAGCGACUCAAAAAGGCAAAUCAACCUUACGCUUACAGAAAAGCCUCGAGCAUGAGAAGUGGGUUGCUGAUCAGGCCGCACUACAUUCCUGUUUUGGAGAAAAUGUUCAAGACGAGGUGUAGCUCGCUGUAUUGCUGUGAUUACUGCGAGAAAAUGAAGAGGGACUUCUUUGAGGAGGGAAAGAAGGCAUGGACGAGGGAUAAUUUGAUUGAGGGGCGGGAAAUUGCCGCGGACAAAAGCUGGAGGUUGCCGUUUGAGGAUGAGAGGGAUGGGAGGUUGGUUUUUGGGAAGCUGUGGAGGCAACUGGUGGAGGAGGUGGAAGCUGGGCAGAGUCUGGCUGUUGAAGGGUCUGUUGGGGAUUGUGAAGCGGUGCAGAGGGUUGGGUUUGGGUUUGAGGAUGUUGUGAGGGGGGAAGGGCAGUGGGAAUAUCAGAUCAAGGUCAAGCCACCGAAGCGAGGUCGUGGAAAAGGGAGGAGCAGCCAGGGUGGGACGAGAGACACUUCCCCUACAACAAGUGAAGAGUGGGUUGAGGGUGAGGAUCUCGGAAACAGCUGGGCUCUGGUGAGAGUGGCAGUCGAGACCGGGAGCGGGAACAGGAACAGCGACAGUGACAGCUAUGCCCUCCUCACACCAACAUCGGAGAGUGUGUCGGAUCAGUGGGAGAUGCUCAGCCAAGGGGCUUGA